GAGAGAGAGAGAGAGACGCUCCAAUAAUGCUAAAAAAAAAAGCCUCCAAUAAUGAUUGUUUAUCAACCUCUGCUUUACCUUUUCGAGCUAAGACACCAUGAUUCCACGAACAGGAUUAGUACGAGGCGAUCUAGAUAUCUGCGCACUACCGAUUUCCUGCAAAACCCUACCUUUCUUCUCCUUCAAUGUCUACAGGUGAAGAACAGAGCCGUUGAAGAAAUUUGAUUCUACAUUGACGACGUUCAAGUGGCAGAAUCAAAGGUGUCAGUCGUCCGCUGGUAGACGCUCUUCAAUCUGGAAAUCCGUCACAGAUCCUUUACUAGCUUGCUUUAGAGAUCUGGGUUUGGUUAAGUGUUAACAAAGUUGGGUUGCCGAAAGUUUUGUGGAAUUUAUAGAAAUCGGUCAUGUUGAUGUUUUAAUGGUAUUGGGCGGGCGGACUGGAGAUGUAGCUUCUCGUUUGGGAAAUGGAACGAGUGGACUUCUAUAUUCUUCAGUUCAUGUCAUGGGCAGAAAUCAACUUGAAUCUGUAAUAGAGUUGGAUUUCACAGGGGAAUGUGUUUGAGGACAUAAGGAUUUGGGCUUGGGGUUCUGAGCUUUGGAGAUGGCGGGCAGUGAUCAUUGCAAGAAAUCAUGUAGUCAUGGUAAAGCUGCACUCCCCUGUAAUGAUUCUGGUGGAGGAACUGAUGGCAGAAUGAUAGUUAAUAGAGCCAUCGGGGAAGCAUCUAUUCGAGAGGAUUUAGAGGCUCUUACUGUGUCAAAACGCCUUGUAAGAAGUGUUAGCCAGAAAUUGCUGAAAAAGAAUCACAGAAGAAAUGUUGAGGAAGAAGGAAAUCAAACGAGAAUUUCUUCAAGAUGCCUUGGCUUGUAUGGAAGGGGUGGUGGUUGCAAGGUGGGUGCUGACACAUGUGAGGAAUUUGGGGAUGGCAUCUGUAGAAGAAAGUCUAGUGCAGAUGAAGAAGGCAAAGGACACCAAGCAAUCUGUGGCACUGAGGACACUAGAAUCGAUUGCUUCUCAUAUGGGGUGACAGAGCGGUUUUGGAGGAGGAAUGGUGGAAAAGAGAGGGGACUUGAAGAGCCACUAUCAGAUGGUGGACUCAAUGUUCUGCUUCCAGAUGAACUUCUAGAAAUGUGCUUGGUGAGGCUUCCACUGAGCACCCUCAUGACUGCUCGCCUUGUGUGCAAGAAAUGGAGAUCCUUGACUACAACUUGCCGGUUUUUGCAGUUGAGGCGUGAAGGUUUGUAUCGUAGCCCAUGGAUAUUCCUUUUUGGUGUUGUGAAGGAUAGUUAUUGUUCAGGGCAUAUACAUGCAUUGGAUGCAUCCCUUGAUCAAUGGCAUAGGAUUGAUGCUCAUAUUCUGAAGGGAAGGUUUCUUUUCUCUGUUGCCAGCAUUGGAGAUGAUGUUUUUGUUGUGGGAGGUUGUUCUAGCUUGACAAACUUUGGGAAGGUUGAUAAGACUUCAUUCAAGACUCAUAGGGGAGUGAUUGUAUUCAGCCCCUUAACUAGAUCAUUUCGUAAAGUAUCUCCAAUGAAACAUGAGAGGUCAGCUCCCAUUUUAGGUGUUUUCAGUAUUGGUUCUUAUUGCUCCAUCUUUCGAAGUCAGUCAAACAGGGCAGACGGGCACUUUUCCAGGUCAAGGGUGGGUGGUGUAUCUAAUGUGUAUGAGGAUCCUCACAGGCUUUCACUAAGAUGUCAUCUUAGAGGUUCUUCCAGUGAAGAUGACGCUUUGUCAGAACCCAAGAGAAAGCCAUGCGGGUUUGUCAAACAAGAAAGCAGUUGGUCGAACUUGGAUGAGGAUAGGAGGUUUAUUUUGAUUGCUGUAGGUGGGCUGGGAUCCUGGGACGAGCCUCUGGAUUCUGGGGAAGUCUAUGAUCCAGUAUCAGACAAAUGGAUGGACAUCCCUAGGUUACCUGGAGAUUUUGGUAUUGUUUGUUCUGGGGUUGUUUGUAAUGGGAUGUUCUAUGUUUGUUCUGAGACUGACAAACUGGCUGCAUAUGACUUAGAAAGAGGUAUUUGGGUGGGGAUCAGAACCACUCACUCCCCUCCUCGUCUUCAUGAUUACUUCCCAAAACUCAUUUCGUGCAAUGAUCGCCUCUUCAUGCUCUCCGUCUCCUGGUGUGAGCAGGAUUGUCAGAUGGGUUCGAGAGAUAAAGCUGUAAGGAAGCUGUGGGAGUUAAAUCUGUCAUUGCUUACCUGGAAGGAGGUCUCUAGACAUCCAGAUGCCCCCAUGGACUGGAAUGCUGCAUUUGUAUCGGAUGAGAAUUGCAUCUUUGGGAUUGAAAUGUUCAAGAUAUUUGGGCAAGUGUUGGACUUCCUGACUGUUUGUGAUGUGUCUGGUUCAGAAUUGAGGUGGACUCGUAUCUCAAGGAAGCAUGUGGCACAUGAACUGGAUGCUUCAUCAUGCUUAACAAAGUCGAUAGCUGUACUGCAUCUCUGAAGCUCUUGGUGGACAAUGCAAAUCAUGCAGAAGAGAGUUACUGUAUCUGUGCACAUAUGUGACAUUCAUAUCCAUUGUUUCAAGUUUCAAGUUUCCAUGUAGACCUUUGUAUCUUGGCAACUUCAUGCUUGUGGUGUAUCUGGGAAAAUUCAUGCUUGUGGUGAUUGAUUCAGAUCUUCAACACCCUCCUUGGCAUUUAAUGUAAAUCGAGCAAAUUUGAUUAAAAUUGAUUUGUCUUUCAAUCGCUCA